UGUCAACUCGCCAGAAUGACGCCUCAUUGCAACAUAGCUAGCUUCCCAGCUAACAGGAUUGUUACUAGGCGACAGGCAGGUGGUACAACGGACGCAGAAGCAUAUUACACACGUUGUUUUACUAUAAACAGACACUGGAAAAACAGAAAAAGAAAGAUCCACUACCUCUUUACAGAUGGAAAAGAAAUGGCAGAAGAGUAUGACUUGAAAACAGAUGAGCUCACUGUACGAAAGUGGCGUCAUAAAAGCCCCCUUGGAGCUCAGGGCCAAUGGCAGGUAGAGGUUGGGGAGCCACUUGCAGACCCUGUCACUUCUUUGGAUCCGGAGGUGAUCAAGGAGAGCUGCUCCAAUCCUGUGUUCACGCGCAAAGACACAAAGACCAGCUUUCAGUGGAGAAUCCGCAACCUUCCCUACCACAAAGAUGUCUUCAGUGUUUCUGUGGAGCCGUCUGAGAGAUGCAUCAUCAUAAAAACCUCAAACAAAAAGUAUUAUAAGAAGUUUGUUGUUCCUGAUUUAGAUCGCAGUCAGCUGCCAUUGGACAGCUCUGCAAUCAGCUUCACUCACUCCAACAACACUUUAAUUGUCAGCUACAAGAAACCCAAGGAGAUCUUAACCCUUGAACAGGAGCUACUGAAGGAGCUGAAGAAACUGAAGGGGACUGGUGAAGGGGAUGUCGAUUGCAAAACUCAGUGAAUUCUGACUGUGGGAGCAAGAGAAUAAGUUGCAUUUAAAGCAGAGCAUCACUGCAUCAUUUUCCCGUCACAUUUAAGCUCUCUUUUAUUUGUCUUUAGUGGAUCCCUUCAUUAAGAAGACCUUUGCGUAGUGCCUUGUCAAUGGUUAAAUGCUUCCAAUUGUGUUUUCUAAUUGGUGUCCCUUUAUUAGAGUUGUUAGUGUUUAAAGUGGUCCUGCCAUUUAUAUUUGAUACUCACAACCAUAUUUAUUAACUUUGUAGCUGAACCAUGAGCGAUUUGAAAUUAUAUUACAACGGUGUCUAUUUUUGCUACUUGUUACCAAACCUACUAGGGAGCAAUUUUGAUUGGGGUCACAUAACCUACCAUCCUCCAUUCAUUGAUGUCCUUGUAAAACACUCAAAACACACAAUGCCUCAUCCCUGUUCGUUCCGGGGUCACUGUUACGAGCACAUCCCAUUUGUGUUAACUGAAUACCCUCAUGUUCCUUGCAUGUAGUGGGCCACCCUGAAAGCCAUUACUGAAACUUUGGUAAGCGAGCAAGCUAGUGUUACUGUUUCCCUUUACAGAGGGUCACUCUGACUCUGUGGUCUCUAGCUAAAACUCCAUAGAGCCAAGUUAGAAAUAGGUGCCACAGUUACAGAGCUUUGUUCCAAAUGGAUUUCAUGUUAUUGUCUGACAAAGACAAAUAUAAAGACAGUAUUUCAAGUGUUUGGAUUUUAGAAGUUUAUGUGUAUAUGACAUGUAAAGAAGAAUUAUAGAGAUACAUGCUUCAAAUGGGAUAUUUGUCUGCUUUUUCCACCAAGUUUAAUUAAGACAAACACUGUCCAGUCAGAAAUACUUAGACAGUGGAUAUAAAAAGAACAGCGUUGUUUUAAAGAGACAAUGGCAUUUAAAUAUAGAUUGUUGAAACCUUGUGAUUCCUUGCAUUUUUUACCACUUGUCCAAACCCGGAGAGCAAGUGCAAAGAGCAAAGACAAAACCACAGGUCUCUCUCACUAUUGUGCUUUGUCUUCUUCCAGAUGGAAAGAAUAUGAAUACAAGAAAACAUUGUAAACCCAGCCUGUCCUGUUGUUUUGCAAAUUUUUGUGAGGGACUUGAUGGAUUUUUUUUUUUAACUUUGAAAAAUGCAUUUAUAAAAUACUUGAUUAAGUAG